CAUGUGAUUAUCUCGGGGAGAGGAUGGCCUCUCUCUUUGGGAUAACAUCCGCCAAGUAUCAAUACGCCAUUGAUGAAUACUACAGGAUAAAGAAAGAGAAAGAGGAAGAGAAGGAAGAGAACCGUCUGUCAGAAGAAGCCGAGCGCUCCUUCGGCCAGCUCCAAUCUCAGGAACAGAAGGACGAGCCCGUCGCUGUGCGAGAGGGGCAGGAGGCGGAGCCUGCUCACCCCGACGUGACCUAUCGGGUCGAGAACGAGAGUCGGGCCAAUCCCAACACCAUCGUCGUCCCCGUUUAUGUGACAGCAACCUAACCCUCUCUGGGGAAGGACACGUUAACGUCUGUCUGCAAAAGAAGGAACGCCGUCUUACUGGACCGAGCUGCUUGGUUUGUGUAGAACUGCUUUCCAUGGGCGGCGCUGCCAUAUGUUUGGCUAAAUGUCGAGGACACUGAGGGGGGUGUAACUGUAGAAACUCAAAAACUAACUGCUGGAUAACAUGGCUGUACACAAUUAAAUACGAGUUAACAGGUAUAGAUAGAAAAGUUGAGACCAUUUAAAUGGUAAUUGACACAUUUUUGUCUUCCUGACGUUGAGUUUAUUUCCAUUUUUGCUCACAUUUUGAAGUCACUCACCGUCAGCUGGGUUGUCAGUUUUUUUUACGGCACCAUCCUCCAAACUUUGCUAUGCAGCAGGGGGUCAACGUCGCUCCCCUGUGCCUCCGAUGGACCAGCCACUGUGCCUCAAUAACCAACACAGCCACGUCCGUGCCAGAUGUAGACUCACGUUAAAAAAACAAAACAAAAAAAAAAACAGCUGUUCUGUCUAGAUCUGGACACACUGCGUUCUCAAGAUGGCCAUUUCCCCACUCCCUCACAUGUAGAUUMGACAUGCAUGUCGUCUGUUAACGUGUGUAUUGAUGCAUAUUAGACUUGUGGUGCACUUAAACGUCCGUGGAAGCACAGAGCACAUUUAGGUGCAGCUGUCAGAACCUUUUACUGGUCACACGACAGACUAACUUUUAGCUUAAAAAACAACAACAACAAAAGAAAAGAAAACGGGUUUAGGUGUUCUGUGUGGCUCUUUUUAUCUGCCUUACUUACCGUGAACUUGAAAAUCGUGAAUGUGUUGUGUAAGAACGUGCAAACUAAACAUUUCUUACAGUUUUUAAGCACAAUUUUUGAUAUUUAUUUUAAUAUACUUGAGUUGUUAAUUUAAGCGUUUUGUAUUGUUUUAGUAAUAUUUAAAUAAACGGUUAUGUUACUAUCUAAUUUUUUA